AGGAGGAGGAGAGGCAACCCGAGAUGGAGCAGCGCCCGGAGGCUGCCCUCGCCCUCCCCGCAGGCCAGCCUCUCCCCUAGUCCCUGCAGUCGAGCAAUGCCCCGAACCCCAAAAAUCUCUCCAGCAGGGGACCCCAGGGCCGGGCAAGCCUUUGCCUUGGCCGCGGGUGCCCACGUCUCUUGGACCGGGUGUGGGCAGACUGCACGUUUAUCCUUGGAGGCCCAACUCCAUCUCGUCUGCAAGGCUUUUCUGCACCACCCCACCCCCACCACCCCGUGCAAGACGAACCUCUGUGGGCUUCACAGCCCCUCUAGCGUGUCCACUCAGCUGGCUGUGUGACCACGGGCGAGUUGCUCGACCUCUCUGAACCUCGGUUUCCUCCCCUGUGAAACUGGGUGCACUCACACCUGCCUGUAUCCGGAGGGUCCAAUGGCAUGUAGCUAAGGUUAGCACCGGAGCAGCCCAACGGGGCUCAUCCAGUGAGGACUAGAAGUUGAGGGCCCUAGGCCCAGGCAUCGGUGUAGACCAUGGCCCCCAGCCCAUGGGGCCGUGUGUGUGGCCUCUUGCUGCUGUUGCCAUCCCUGGGGGCCGGCCCUGCCCUGAACAGGGUCCUUCUCAAGCCACUUGAGGAGUCAGAAACCUACCUGAUCCCAAGAGCACACCCGGAGGCAGGCCCUGUGGCCUCAGAGCCUCAGACCUUUGACUUCUGGGAUCACCCCAGAGACGAGAGCUCCUGGCACGCCCACGUGCCGCGCACACCUGCUGGAGAAGCGUCCGCAAAGCCUGCAGACUCCGCCCUCGGCCCCGCCCUGCAUGGGCCCAGAGCAGCCCCUGGGGUUCAGAGAGAACGGCUUCCUGUAACUGAUGACCUCCAGAUAGCUCAGGGACCAAGCUCCCAGUCCUGGACAGGACCUCUUGACUCACAGGAGCCUCUGGAGCAAGAAGCACUGGCCCCACAAGCAGCGGGGCCCCCCUAUCUCACUGUCAUCCCCACAACUCCCAGACUGCAACUCAGGGUGACCACAGUUCCCCCUGCCCUGGAGCCUGGAGGCCAAGCAGGACAGCUGCCAACUAGAGAUGAGGGUCUGAUGGCUAAAGCCAAGACCAGGGUCCCCCACACGUCUCGCUCUGGCCACCAGGGCCCUUCCCACACUCUCAUGCCCCACUCGGGCUCUGUCAAGAGGCCAAUGCUGGAAGAGCAGGGUGGGCAGGAGGAGGACUUCCAGCAGGUGGCACAAGGCCCCCUGCUCACCCAGCAGUAUCCAGGAGCCCCCACUGCUGGUAUGGCACCUGCAGUGGACGGGGCAUCCUCUCCAGAGCCUGGGGCUCUGCCAGAAUUGCCGUUGGCCAGAAGCCUUCCUCCUGCCGAGGAGCUACCAGUUGAGCCCCCCAAAAAGGCUGGAGCUGGGGAGGCCUGGGAAGUCAGCUCCCCUGGCCCCCCGCCCAAGCAGGCUGGCCUCCCUGACGUGAAGGAUCCCCCAGGACCCCAGCCCACAGGUCCUGCCACCUCCGAGGCUCCAGAUGGGCAGCCCAGGCCAGAGGCACCAGAGAUGAACGGAGUAGACCCCAUCUCCCCGCAGCGGGUGAGAGGAGCUGUGGAGGCCCCAGGCACCCCCAAGUCCCUGAUCCCUGGUCCCUCGGACCCUGGCCCAGCCACAAACCAAACAGAGAGCCCUGUGGGGGGCCUGCAGCCAGAUGAAGCCGAAGAGUGGCCCGGGCGCCCCCAAAGCCAUCCCCCAGCACCCCCAGUCCAGGCCCCCUCAACGUCACGCCGGGGCCUCAUUCGAGUGACCACGCAGCGAGCCCUGGGCCAGCCUCCCCCUCCAGAGCCCUCAGCCAGCCCCACGGCUUCUGCGCCAGCCUCCAGCCCCGCGGCCAACGCCACGGCACCCCCGCUGCGCUGGGGCCCCCUGCGGCGGGUGCUGAGCUUUUCCUGGGAGCUGCACGUGUACGGGGUGGGGGUGCUCUUUCUGUUGCCCGCGUUGCUGGCACUGGCUGCGCUGGCAGCAGCGCCGUCGGGGCCGCCCCGGCUGGCGCUGGCGGCCGCGGUGCUGGUGUUGGUGGCUUCGGGCCUGCGGUCCGCCUACAUGCUCGCCGACCCCUACGGCUCGCAGGCGCGGCUGGCCGUGCGGGCCGGCCUGGUGCUCUACAACCUGCCCUUCCCCUUGCUGCUCACGGCGCUGGCGACCCUGGCCCUGCUCGGCCUGGGCGCGGGGCUGCCGCGGCCGCUGCGGAGCCCGCUCCUGCUGGGGGCCCUGGCGCCGGCGCACUGCGCGGGGCUGCUCGCCGCAGACCUGCUGUCGGCGCGGCCCGCCGUCAACCUCCUGGCGCAGGGCGUGUCGUGCGCCUGGGGCGCGGCGGUGGCUCUGGGCACGCUCUGCCUGUGCCGCCGCCGCCUGCUGGACGGGUCGCGGGGCUGGGGCGCCAGCCCGGGCCCGCGGCUGCUGGCGGUGGCGGGCGCGCUGGGGCUGCUGGCGAGCGGCCUGCAGCUGGCGGCUGCGCUCUGGCUGUACCCGGGCCCGGGCCGCGUGGGCCGCUUCUCGUGGGCCUGGUGGGGCGUGCACUUCUGGCUGCGCCUGCUGGAGCUGGCGUGGGCGCUCGCGCUGGCCCUGGCCGCCCUGGCUGCCGCGCGGCCCGGGCCGCCCAGGGAGCACGCCUGCUGGGCCAAGCUGCUGCGCCUGGCGUGCCCCGCCCCGCCGGGCAAGAGCGAGGUGCCGGAGCGCCGCAGCAACUGCUACGCGGGGCCGAGCGGCCCGGACCUCGGCAGGAGCCUCCUCCGCAACCCGGCGGCCGAGGGCGCGCAGCCCGCCACGCCCAGCUCGGGCGCCUGGGGCUCGGCGGCGUCGCUGGGCCGCGGCCCCCAGGGCGACCCGGGGCUGUCCCACAGCAGCGUGGGGCCGGCGCCGUCGCUGAGCGAGUUGGACCUGCGGCCGCCGUCCCCCAUCAACCUGAGCAGCAGCAUCGACGCCGCGCUCUUCCGCGAACAUCUGGUGCGCGACAGCGUCUUCCGGCGCUGCGGCCUGGCCUCCCCGCCGCCUGGGGGCGCUCUGCGGCCGCGCCGGGGCAGCCAUCCCGACGCCGAGCUCGACGGCGCGGGCCCUUCGCGCCUGCGCGGACGCUGCAGGUCGCUCAGCGACGUGCGCGGCGCUGUGCUGCAGCACGUGGCGGCCGAGCCCGACGGGGCGUCCGGCAGCUCCUUGGACAGCUUCUCCCGGGGCUCCCUGAAGAUCAGCUGGAACCCGUGGCGCCACGGGCUGUCGUCGGUGGACAGUCUGCCGCUGGACGAGCUGCCCAGCACGGUGCAGCUGCUGCCCGCCCCAGCCCCGGCCCCUGACGGCGCCCCCGCUCAGCCCGGAGCGGCCCCCCGGGGCGACGCCCAGCCGCGCUGCAAGCCCGGGGACUCCCGCAGCGCCUCCAGCGACACCAUCGAGCUCUGAGGGGUCCUGACGCAGGACUGGGACCCAGCCCCGGGUGCCGGGAUGGUUGAGCGGCAUUCCGGGGCCACCUCCUGACUGCAGCGCCCCCGGGGCCGGCUGGGUGCGAUCCCACCCUACCACCCCGCGCCCAAGUUUCGUCUUUGUAUUUUAAUACCUUAUUUUUUUUCAGCCGGUAUUUUGCACAGAGGCUGUGUGUGGCUUACGCGGAAUACAGGGUGGAUGUGCAUGGAUUGGGGCCUGGGGAAGGCGGAGCAGGUGCCCCAGCCUGGACUCUCCAGUGGGGAGAGAUGGGCCUCACGUGCCCAGGUGGCUCUCCUCUCUGUGCCAAAGAAAUAAACCCUUCGGACUUGGCUAAUGCCUCA